CGAGAGCGAGGCCGCGCGCGUUUGUGUCCGGGCCGUGGCGCCGGCUUCCUCCGUGUCCCUGCGGGCCCGGCGCCUGGCUCCGGCUCCUACCCUCCGCCUCCGCGCUCCCCACCGAGUUCCCCUCAGGCCCCCGCCCCGGCCCCCGCAGGAUGGGGGACAAUACCAGCCCCAUCAGCGUGAUCCUGGUGAGCUCGGGCAGCAGGGGCAAUAAGCUGCUCUUCAGGUACCCCUUCCAGAGGAGCCAGGAGCACCCCGCGUCCCAGACAAAUACACCACGCAGCAGAUACGCUGUCAACAACACGGGCGAACAUGUUGAUGACCAGGAUGGUGACUCCAGCAAGCCAUGUCCUCCAACCGAUGAGCAAUUGGUUGCAGGGUUCUCGGAUGUUAUUCUGGCAACAAUUUUGGCAACCAAGUCUGAAAUGUGCGGCCAAAAAUUUGAACUGAAGAUUGAUAAUGUACGGUUUGUUGGGCACCCAACACUGCUGCAGCAUGCUCUGGGGCAGGUCUCCAAAACAGACCCAUCUCCAAAGCGGGAAGCACCCACCAUGAUUCUUUUUAAUGUGGUGUUUGCACUGAGGGCCAACGCUGACCCGUCAGUGAUAAACUGUCUACAUAACCUGUCCCGGCGCAUUGCCACUGUCCUGCAGCAUGAGGAGCGCCGCUGCCAGUAUCUCACUCGAGAGGCCAAGCUGAUCCUAGCACUUCAGGAUGAGGUGUCUGCUAUGGCUGACGCAAAUGAAGGUCCUCAGUCCCCGUUCCACCACAUCCUGCCCAAGUGCAAGCUGGCUAGGGACCUCAAGGAAGCUUACGACAGCCUCUGCACAUCUGGUGUGGUGCGGCUUCACAUUAACAGCUGGCUGGAAGUGAGCUUCUGUCUGCCCCACAAGAUCCACUAUGCAGCUUCAAGUCUGAUCCCUCCUGAGGCUAUUGAGCGGAGCCUGAAAGCCAUCCGCCCGUACCAUGCCUUGCUACUACUCAGUGAUGAGAAGUCUCUGCUGAGUGAGCUUCCCAUUGACUGCUCUCCGGCUCUAGUGCGGGUCAUCAAGACCACAUCUGCUGUGAAGAACCUGCAGCAGCUAGCCCAGGAUGCUGAUCUGGCCUUGUUGCAGGUCUUCCAGCUUGCAGCUCACCUGGUAUACUGGGGCAAGGCCGUCAUCAUCUACCCAUUGUGUGAGAACAACGUCUAUGUCCUGUCUCCCAAUGCCAGUGUGUGUCUGUACUCCCCACUGGCCGAGCAGUUCUCCCGCCAGUUCCCGUCCCAUGACCUGCCAUCCAUCCUGGCCAAGUUUUCCUUGCCUGUUUCUCUGUCCGAGUUCAGGAGCCCUCUGGCUCCCCCAGCACAGGAGACCCAGCUCAUUCAGAUGGUGGUGUGGAUGCUGCAGCGCCGGCUCCUCAUCCAGCUGCACACCUAUGUUUGCCUGAUGGCCUCACCCGGUGAAGAGGAACCUCGACUGCGAGAGGAUGAUGUCCCCUUUACGGCCCGAGUUGGUGGCCGCAGCCUCAGCACGCCCAACGCCCUAAGCUUCGGCUCCCCAACCAGCAGUGAUGACAUGACCCUUACCAGCCCCAGUAUGGACAACUCCAGUGCAGAGCUGCUCCCCAGUGGGGACUCACCACUGAACAAGAGGAUGACAGAGAACCUGCUGGCCAGCCUCUCAGAGCAUGAGCGGGCUGCCAUCCUCAGUGUGCCUGCAGCCCAAAACCCUGAGGACCUCCGCACCUUUGCCAGGCUCCUUCACUACUUCCGUGGCCGUCACCAUCUGGAGGAGAUCAUGUACAACGAGAACACACGGCGUUCCCAGCUGCUCACGCUCUUUGACAAGUUCCGAAGCGUGCUGGUGGUGACCACCCAUGAGGACCCCGUCAUUGCUGUCUUCCAGGCCCUGCUCACAUGAGCCCAGGCAGCGUGCCCAGUGUGAAUGGGAACUAGUCUACCCCUGACCCAGAACUCCUGGCUGGCCUUAGGAGGAUGGGCAGCCCCAGCCUGGCAGAACUGGUUCUUGUCCCAGCUGUCCGUCUGGUCAGAAGAAGCUAUGGGGCAACAUUGCUGGACUUUUUAGUUUUGAGACAAAGACUUAUGCAGCCCAGACCUCAUACUUGCUAUGUAUCCAAGGGUGACUUUGAACUCCUGAUCUUCCUGCCUCUGUUCCUGUGUGCUAGGAUUACAGACAUGUGUUACCAAUGUUACUUUAAGAAAUACAAGUAUAUUUAUUUUCAUUUA